AUGUCUUGCUACAAUCAGUGCCGUCCCUGCCAGCCCUGUGGCCCGACCCCCCUGGCCAACAGCUGCAACGAGCCCUGUGUCAGGCAGUGCCAGAACUCCACCGUUGUCAUCCAGCCCUCUCCUGUGGUGGUGACCCUGCCUGGCCCCAUCCUCAGCUCCUUCCCACAGAACACUGUUGUGGGCUCCUCCACCUCUGCUGCUGUUGGCAGCAUCCUCAGCUGUGAUGGAGUGCCCAUCAACUCUGGGUCGCUUGACCUCUCCUGCAUUGCCAGCCGCUACUGUGGCAGAAGGGGGCCCCCCACCUAA